GUUUUGAGAAAAAACUCAUAUCAGCUGCGUGCCUUCGCCACCUCAUCGAAGGAUCAUUGCUACAGAACCUCCGGUGUUUCCUUUUAUUUUACUCCAAAGUCUCACGAACUACUGGAUGUACAGCUGAAAGAAGAGUGUAAAUUAAUCAACUCAAUUUAAUGAUGGAAAAGAGAAUUGAAGGUAACGAGUUCAGGCUACUGCUCUCGUGCCCCUCCGGUAUUUCCCCUUCUCAGAUGUCCGUGGCUUUUGAACCAUUGUACGAUAGGACUCCGCAUCGAGAUCAUUCACUGGAGAGCUCCAUUUCGGAGGUAUGGGACCAAAGAGUUCAGCAAAGCCCAUCAUUGUUCAAUGGUCUAAAGUUCAGGUAUGGAGGACACACUUUCAGUUCUGUCAGUGAUUCUCAGCAAGAGCCCCAUGUUUGCCUUCAUCUUGGUCUGACGGAUUAUAGGACAUUUGUGGGCACCAACUUAAGUCCUUUGUGGGAAAAAUUUCUUGUUCAAUCUGAAGAUGAUUGUUGGCAGUGUCAGCACACAUCGAGUCCUCUUGGCAAUGGAGCAGUUGUUGAGACGUCUGACAAAAAGAUACUUGUGCUUAGAAGAAGUAAUAAUGUGGGAGAAUUUCCAGGAUAUUUUGUUUUCCCAGGUGGCCACCCAGAGCCCAAUGAGGUCGGAGUGACAUGCCAUAAGAAUGACACAGAGCUGAAUCCCAGUGAGAUAAUAAACAGAAAAGUUUCUCAAGAAAUGUUUGAUAGCAUUGUCCGUGAGGUCGUUGAGGAAACUGGAGUUCCUGCAGUUAAUCUAUCCGCUCCAAUAUUUAUUGGCGUAUCGCAGAGGCUGAUGAAUGUUCGACCAACUGCUUUUUUCUUCAUAAAAUGCAACCUUCAGGUGAAUGAAAUUCAGAAUCUGUACAGCAAUGCGGAAGAUAGUUUUGAAUCGACCCAACUGCUGGCGGUUUCAAUGAGCGAUAUGGAGAGUAUGGCAUAUAAAAUGCCAGGCUGCCAUAGAGGAGGGCUCGAAUUGUACAAAUUAAUGUACAAACCAUGAAAGGAGAACCACAGAUUCAUUUUCUGUAAUGCAGGUGCCCGGGAUCUUUGGCCCGAGUAGUCUUGUGGUUCUGAAGUUAAUGAUCUGGUAAACCUCCGUUGACUUUCCUUAGAGGAUUUAAAUUAAUGACUUAUGAGAACUUAUUAUUCAUGUGUUCGGAAUGCGUUGAACAUCUCCAGAAGGUUACCACAUUCACUUGAACUGGUUUGUUAGAAUGCUUACCUUGAAGGCAAUUGUAACUGUAACAAAGACACAGAGAUACUGAAACAAGCCUUAUUUCUUUGGUCAUUUUUAUGUAGCUUGAAAUCCCUUACCUGGGAGUAUUUAUCUAAAAAAAAUACAAUAAAUAAUCACAAAAGAUACAUUUGUUUGGACCGUUUGGUCUAUAUACAUAUAUCAGUGUUUGUGUGCCUUUUAUGAACUUCUAACCACGCCAGUUCAG